UUUUGCCUUCUUUCCUAAUACUGUCCGUGAAAACAGCUCUCCUCUCUCUCUCUCUCUCUCUCUCUCUCCCUCGCUCCCUAUCUCAAGCUUCUUCCUUUGCUUCUUCUUCUUCUGCUACUUCUCUUUGCUUCUCUCUUCUUCUCUGGGCUUGCUUGCUGCCUUAUUCGAUUCAACCACUGUGCUGCCCUGUCUACCCAACAGAGUCAAACGUCAGCACCCCACAAAGCUCAGUUCUUGGCCCUCUUCCUGUGAGCUCUUAGCAGGUCCUAAGGAUUGUUGGGGAUCUCCGGGAGCUGGAAUUCCGUCAGAUUCUGUGUUUGGGGAGGUGGGUCGGUGUCUGAUUGGAUAGCUGAGGUUGGAAUCUCUGUCGGAUCAGUUUUGGCCCUGCUCUCUCUACUUCAAAGUUCUUGUUUAGAGGCUGAACAAGAUAGACAUCCUCACAUUCCGUUUGUUGGGGGGGCAUUAGGAAUUUGAGAAUCUUGAAGAUUCCUUGGUUCUCUCAGAGCUCCCCUCUCUCCCCCCUCUCUCUGUGGCAAUAUCUGAUCUUUUGGAGCUGUGCCGGUGGAUAAGAGAUAGAUAUAUAGGUACCCUUUUAGUCAACUUGAGUCUGUGCUGAGGUUCUGAGGCGUUCGGGUUCCCAUUAGUUUCAAGAAUUGAGGGGUCGUGAAGAAUCUCUUGAAGAGAACUGCUCUCGGGGUGCUGUUUUGUUUGGAUGAGUCUGGUUCAUGUUCUUGGUUUUGGCCUUAAAGUGGGUCACCUGAUUUGGAUGAUAUGUUGGUGGUUUGUGUCUGUCAUCUCAAUGAACUGGUUCGGUAAUGGCGGAAUCAUGGACCCGAAGAUGAGUUUGCUCGGUGGGAAGGAUCCGAUCGGAUGGUGGGAAAGGGUGUUAGGGAGGAUCUCUUUGAUCCACCAUCAUUGCAGUCAGUAUGUUGGGUCUAAGAGGGUGAGCAAUACAUGGUGGAGGAAGCUUCUUUACACAUGGCUAGUGGGCUCUACCAUAUGCUCUAUGUGGACCUUCUUCUACAUGAGUUCACAGGCUGCUGAGAAGAGGAAGGAGACGCUCACCAGCAUGUGUGAUGAGAGGGCUAGGAUGCUGCAGGACCAGUUCAAUGUCAGCAUGAAUCAUGUCCAAGCUAUCUCUAUUCUUAUCUCUACCUUCCACCAUGGGAAGAACCCUUCUGUUAUUGAUCAGAGAACCUUCGCUAGGUAUGCAGAGAGGACUGCCUUUGAGAGGCCGCUCACGAGUGGUGUUGCAUAUGCUGUGAGAGUUCUCCACUCAGAGAGGGAACAGUUUGAGAAACAGCAUGGUUGGACCAUUAAAAGGAUGGACACCAUUGAACAAAAACCGGUUCAUAAGGACGACUAUGAGCCUGAAAACUUGGAGCCGUCCCCCAUUCAGGAAGAAUAUGCCCCCGUAAUCUUUGCUCAAGACACUGUUUCGCAUGUGGUUUCUCUCGACAUGCUGUCGGGAAAGGAAGACCGUGAAAAUGUUUUGCGUGCAAGAGCCUCUGGGAAGGGGGUACUCACUGCUCCAUUCAGGUUACUUAAGACGAAUCGGCUUGGAGUCAUUUUGACUUUUGCUGUUUACAAAAUGGAUCUCCCUGCAAAUGCAACUCCAAAUGAACGAAUCCGAGCAACCGCUGGGUACAUUGGAGGUGUUUUCCACAUUCAAUCUCUUGUGGAGAAGUUACUUCAACAGCUUGCAAGCAAACAAAACAUUGUCGUGACUGUGCUGGAUACAACUAACCAGUCGUAUCCAAUCAGCAUGUAUGGUUCCAGUUCAAACGCAUCAGAUGACAGUUUAGAGGAUGUCAGCAUGCUCAAUUUUGGGGAUCCUUUCCGGAAGCAUGAGAUGCAUUGCAGAUACAAAGAGAGAGCUCCAUGGCCAGUGCUAGAGAUAGCAACCUCAAGCGGCAUUAUCGUGAUCGCUUUUCUCAUGGGAUACAUAUUCCACGCGACAAUGAAUAGGAUUGCCAAAGUUGAAGAUGAUUGCCGCGAGAUGAGUAGGCUCAAAAAAGAGGCCGAGGCUGCUGAUGUGGCAAAGUCUCAGUUUCUUGCUACCGUUUCCCAUGAGAUCAGAACCCCAAUGAAUGGCGUUCUAGGAAUGUUGGAUAUAUUAAUGGACACUGAUCUUGAUGUGACUCAACAAGAUUAUGUAAGAACUGCUCAGGCAAGCGGUAAAGCUUUGGUCUCCCUCAUUAAUGAGGUUUUGGACCAAGCGAAGAUAGAAUCAGGUAAGCUCGAACUUGAGGCAGUACAAUUCGAUUUGCGGGCGAUACUCGACGAUGUUCUGUCUCUCUUUUCUGGAAAGUCCCAGGAAAAAGGGGUUGAGCUUGCAGUUUACAUAUCCGAUAGGGUUCCUGACAAACUUAUUGGUGAUCCAGGAAGAUUCCGGCAGAUCAUAACCAAUCUUAUGGGAAAUUCAAUUAAAUUCACGGAGAAAGGUCACAUCUUUGUAACUGUCUACCUCGUUGAAGAGGUGAGAGAUUCGAGUGAUGUGGAGACUAUCUCAUCGCCUAGGAACACCCUGAGUGGCUUCCCCGUACCAGAGAGACGCCUCAGCUGGUCAAAAUUCAGGGGAUUCAGCCAAGAGGGGCCACCAUGCCCCUCGCUAUCAUCGUUCUCCCACCCCGUCAACCUAAUUGUAUCAGUGGAGGACACAGGGGAGGGGAUCCCACUCGAAGCCCAUCCUCGUAUUUUCACCCCGUUUGUGCAGGUGGGUCCCUCCAUAUCAAGGACCCAUGGUGGUACUGGUAUUGGCCUUAGCAUAAGCAAGUGCUUGGUCGGCCUCAUGAAUGGUGAGAUUGGGUUUGUGAGCGAACCUCGAGUUGGUUCAACUUUCACAUUCACUGCAGUCUUUGAUAAUGGAUGCUCAAGCUCGGGCGAUUACGGGGACCCACAAAUCAACAGCCAAUCUAAUCCCUCCACUUUGGAGUUCCAUGGCAUGACUGCGCUGCUUGUUGACCCAAGACCUGUCCGAGCCAAGGUAUCAAGAUAUCACAUCCAGAGGCUUGGAAUCCAUGUUGAAGUGGUUCCAGAUUUGAAUCACAGCUUAUCGAGUGUGACAAACUGCAAGACUACAAAGAUAGACAUGAUUAUUGUGGAAGAAGAGGUCUGGGAUAAGAAUUCUGGCUCUUCGGCUCUCUUUGUGAAUCAGUUGAGUGAUCAAGGGGUUGCUCCAAAAUUGUUUAUUUUGACAAAUUCUAUAAGUUCUUCGAGGACAGGCAAUAGGAGUUCAGGUAAAAUACAAGGCUGCCCCGCAGUGAUAACAAAGCCUUUGAGGUCGAGCAUGAUAGCGGCUUCUCUACAACGGGCGAUGGGCUUCAGGAACAGGGCGAUUACCCGUAAUGGGGAGAUCUCUCGGUUGGCUCUUCGGAGCCUGCUCCGAGGAAGGAAAAUUCUAGUUGUGGAUGAUAACGAUGUGAAUCUGAAAGUGGCUGCUGGGGCUCUGAAGAAGUAUGGGGCUGAUGUUCUUUGCGUGAACAGUGGAAUUAAGGCAAUAUCUUUGCUCAAACCGCCACACCACUUCGAUGCAUGCUUCAUGGAUAUCCAAAUGCCAGUAAUGGAUGGGUUUGAAGCAACAAAGAGAAUUCGAGCCGCUGAACAAAGCUUCAACAGUGAGUCCCAGCAUGGAGAUGGACAUGGAGAAGCUCAGGGGAGGGCCAAGAACUGGCACUUGCCUGUUCUGGCCAUGACCGCGGACGUGAUUCAUGCUACGCACGAGCAGUGCUUGCGGUAUGGAAUGGACGGAUACGUCUCAAAACCGUUUGAAGCGGAGCAACUUUACCGAGAGGUCUCGCGAUUUUUUGCUUCCGAGACAAAUUGGACUCUAUAGGCCUAGUUAGAUGCUUGCUGGUUGCACGAGAAGCCACUGUGCAUUCUCUCCUGGCACUUCUCGUCUGGGUUGAUUGAAGUCGGUGUCUUCGUUAGAGCAUCUUCAUCUGCGAGUGUAUAUAGAGCAACACCUGAUUGCGGGCGAUGGAUUUUUUGUGAGUUGUUGUAGGUGUCAGAUAGAAAAGAGAGACUGCUCCUUCUCUGCUUGUGAAAUAACCUCAGACCAUCUCCAAGAUUCUGACUCGUGAUCUAAGCAGCAGCGCAGCAAGGGGAUAUGAUCACGACCCAAGGGAUUGUGCCCUCUUCUCGAAUAACAGAAAAGAGAGCCACAACUCGAAGAGAUGUUGCUCGGUUUCCUUCUACUGUUUGUACCAUAGUAGAUAUAUGUGCAUUGAUUCAAAACAAAGUCCGUACAGAGCUUGCAGGUUUAGAGUCGGGGAACUAGCGUGCCGUGUUAAUUACAGACUUCUCGGUAAUAAAGUUGGAUGACGACUUGCCUUGAUUGUACGUCAAACCUGGCAGAGAUUGCUUGAACUGGAGAGUUGAUGUAAGUAAAGCCAUUGAUUAUGCCAGUCUUCUUUGAUCGUC